CCUACAAGCUGUGCUAUUGGUGCAUGUUAUAGACUGUCACAAGAGCUGGGUAGUUUCUACUGUGGUGCAAAUAGGAUAGAGCUUUGAAUAUCUUUGCUGUUACAUGAAUCAGAUUGCAAUGACCUGCAUAAAGAUCUAAUAUCUCUGAGAAAAUGUUCCAGAUCCUCACAGUGCUGUUGCUGGAAACACAGCUCUCCAGGGUUUCAGCUUUAUUUACAGUUGAAGUUCCUCAACAGCUCUACACUGCAGAGUAUGGGAGCAAUGUGACCAUGGAAUGCAGAUUCCCUGUGAAUGGCUCAAUAGAUCUAGGACUCCUGACUGUUGUUUGGGAGCAGAAAAGGCAGGGCUGGUUGAAAUCAAAAGAGGUGUACACAUUCCGCAAUGGGAAGGCAUUCCCUCCAUCCCAACAUCCUGAUUACAUAGGAAGAGCAUCACUUCUGCACAGUGAACUGAAGCUGGGACGAGCCAUCCUUCAGAUCACCAAUGUGAAGGUCACAGAUGCAGGAUCAUACCUUUGUCUCAUUGACUACCAGGGCGUGGACUAUAAGUACAUUGCUUUGGAAGUAAAAGCACCUUACAAGAGAAUAAACACUCAAGUAAUGAGAAUACCAAGUGAAGAUGAGUUUGUUUUUAUGUGCCAGUCAGAAGGCUUUCCUCUGGCAGAGGUUUUCUGGCAAAAUGAGAAUUUCAAUCUUAGUGGAUCUGCCAAUACCACCUACACACUGACUGCAGACGGCCUCUACAAUGUCACCAGCAUCCUGACAUUCAAACCAAAUAUGAGUGAGAACUACACCUGUGUCUUCUGGAAUAAAGAACUGAAUGCAGAAACUUCAGCUCACGUUUCCACUUCAGCUUUAAUGAGUACACAGUAUAGUGGAAAAAAACUCCUGAUCUCAUUUAUCAUCCCCACAAGUGUGAUUGUAGCUGUCCUUCUCUGUGCACUAAUAAUAUUUCAGAAGAGAAAAACAUUCAAGAAUGGGCAAGCCAAAAAAGGUGAUGAUUUUAACUCUCAGACUGAGGCUUUAUACUUGUCAACUGUCACGGCUUCAAGAGACAGUGGGACUGUGGGUUUGUGAAAAUUCUUCAUCCUACACGCCAUAAUUUGCACUUCUUCUAUCUGUUUUUGGGGAAUUUGAAAGAAAAUUACAGCACUUUAGCCUUGGUGAAACAGUGAACUCAUGGGGAUGUAUUUGCACUGCAACGAUGGAAAGCUAUGCCUGCUCAGAUACUCUAUCUUGAAGUUACUGAGAACUAUGCUGUCAUGAAAUGUGGUUUACCACUGUGAAGAGGUCAUCUGAGUGCCUUUGAUACACUUUACUUUUGGACUUACUGUUGCUCAAGGGAUUUUUGUUUAAGAAUGGCUUUAUUAACUGUUCCAGUCUCAGGAAUGGUGCUUGCAUUCAAAUAUCUUGUGGAAUUUGAAUAAAAGCUGUAAAUGCUA